AUGUGCCAUUCCACAACGCAUACCGGGCAAAAGCACCCCCCGCGCCCGCCCUACCCGCGGCAGGCCAGAACAUACAUUACCUCCCCCUGCGAAUGCUCGCCAGAUCGCGUUCCGCUUGGACCGGGGCUGUGCGUGGCACACCGACGCCCGCGUGCAGACGGAUCCUCUACGGGAGACCAGACGGACUGCGGUCCAGCUGUCCUCCAAGCCGAGCUGGCGGCAAAACGACAUUUGCUGGCCUUCUUGUUGGUGGGCAGCGUAGGAGGACCCCGUCCAUACGUAAGCCUCUAUCUACACUUAAACACCUCCGAUGAUGAAGUUGCGCGAGCAGCCCACAACAGGCGCAGGAAACCGCAGCCCCCACCCCGAAAGGGACCGCCCCGAGACGCCCUCCCACCAGCGACAAGCAUCCUAGGACCCUUUAGCAGGUCGCGUGGACGCGGCCGCGAGGUCCGACCGCAACGGCGCACGAGAUUCGCCGCUGACUACUACAGACCCGGGGCCUGGCGCGCCCCCGCUCCCCCCCCCCGAGGAGGUCCAGAUGAUUGUGCUGCGCAGCGGUCUGAGCACUGUGAGUGCUUCGCCGUUGCAAUGUGGACGUGCACCGAAUUACCCUGUUGUGUUGUUUGUCCCCGCCCGGGCUGCACGAAGCCCCGAACCACUGAAGCCGAACAAGGAGCACCGCCCCCGAGCACCGCGCCCCCCCCCCGGCCGCCGCUUUCAGCGGCCACCCCCGGGCAGACGGGUCCGUAUAAACACAUCCACACCCUAAGUGUACCCGGAUGA